GUAAAACCGCUCCCUCUCUAGCAAUCGACAUUGUCCGACCAUCUCUCUCCCUUUUUUUAGACUCAUCUUCACUAGAGAAGAUGGGUAUUCGUCUGGACAAAGAUGAAUCAAUGAGGCUGUCGAUUAGAAUCGACGAUCACGUCUGGAACCAUGGGCAAACCAACGACAAAAGGCAAUGAAAAUGUUAUAGAUUGCAAUUGAUUCGAUGAAAACCCGACGGAUCUAUCAUCAGAGCUAAUUCUUCAUCUUCAAUUUGAUUUGUCAUUGGUUAGUGCUUCUUCACCUGUCAUCGGAGUUGUCGACGGUGGCAGAAGGAGAUAGUGACUGUCAUCGUUAUCAGAGAGAAGAAAACCUAUGGAUUUAGGGGGGAGGGGGAAAAAGUCACUUUUCAAAAUUGAGGUUUGGAGUGAAAUAUUAAUUUAAAAAAUUUGAAAAAAAAAAAGAUAAAAUUAUAUAUUUUUUUAAAUUAUUAUUAAAAUCACUAUUUUACUCUAUAUCUAACAACAAUAGGCCUAUAAAUCACCAGCAAAUUAGUUGUCAUUUGUUUUAGGUUUUAUUUAAGUCGGACCAAGGUAAAACGGGACAAAACCCUAAACAAAGUUCGUGCUAAGGAGCCGUCGAGAGAAUUAACCAGAGGAUAAAAUCAGAUUUUGAGGUUUCGACGCUCAACAAUGUUUACUCUUUCUAGAUUUUAUUUAUUCCACUGGCGUUUUGUCAUCCUUUUUGGUUUCAUUUUUUGGCCAUUAAAGUCGUGCAAUGGCCGAUGCAGUUUCCUAAUGAAUUGAACACUAUAACAAAGAACUUAUCGAACUCUCUCUGAACAACACAAAAUUAAUAAUAUAAAAAAAAAUGUCUCUAUCGACCGCGUGGAAUUAAAGCGGGCGGAUCGGCGGAAUCUAAGGAGCCAAACCCAGAAGGACAGUUAUCUUCUUGUGCAUGUGUUUUAUGGCUUUGUUAUUCUUUAAAUACGACAUCACAGCUAGGAUUGUGUUUGCACUAGAUGUUGAUGGUUUACCGAGCAACGUUUUUAGAAUCUUAGUUUGUCUAAUAUUUUUGAACCAGUUUCAGUUUACUGGCAAGGUUAACUGUUAUCAAAUCCAACUAAAGAUUGAUCUUUCUUUUUUAAACAUUCCCAGCAAUUUUAGCAUGUGUUGUGGUUUUGAAGUACUUGACAUGUUUCUCAUUACAUGUGUUUAAAUUCUUUGCAUCGAAAUCAAUAACGGGCUUGAAAAUUUAGUUUAAUUCUGAAUUUUUGUUAAAGAGGAUUUAGAUUACCCCUUCGAGCCCUUCGAGCCAGAAUUCUAUUAUUGCUGGGAGUUUGGCAGUGUAAAUAAACAUGCCCUGUGAGGCGUAAACGGUCAAUGGGAUUGCCAGGGUCAGAAACACUUGUUAGGUUUCUACCAUCCAGGACAAGGGAUACUUUAUUGUACUUAAAACAAUGCCAAGAGUCAUCUCCCAAGAUGUGGCCACCCUUCUGCCAGCGUUUUUCUUUUGUUUAUUCUGCCAACGGAAUUCCACUGUUUAUUUUAUUUAAAAACACUCCCCACGUUCAGACCAUUUCACAGAUGCACACAAAACUACAUUCUCUACGCUUGCUCUCAGCCUAAUUACUCCAUAUUUCAAUUUAGAGAUUUAAUUAAUUAAGUUGUUUACCUCUUAGUGAUUGUUGUUAGAACCUUUUUAUCAUUUUAAUUGCUCUUUUAACCACUCUAAUCAGCUGUUUGCAGGCCAUUGGGCCAUUGAAAGAAAAUUGAUGUAUUUUAAUUUAUCUGUACAUGAAUUUGGCCCUCCUGAGUUGUACUUUGCCUGGUAUUGUCCCUACAUUGGACUCCUGAGGUUUGUUACAAAGAAUUGGGACCAGCACCAGUUAAUCAUUAGCUAUAAACAAUUCUAAUUCAAUUAAGUAAUGUAAGUCAAUCCUUUCUAACAUUCUCUUCGGGGUCGAGUUUAUAUAUGUCUUGCAGCUUUUGUUUGUCUCAAGCGCAAUUAGAGGAAAGAUGGAGCCUCUCGGAGUUUUUGCCGAUGGUGAAUGGGAAUCCCUUGGCAAAAUGUUCCCCAGUGAAGAGUUUGAUUUCCUCAAUCCACACUUUUCAGGUCUCCAGCAUGGUGAUGGGCUGCAUUUUAUAACCACUUCGGCUUUUUGCCCCACUUCUGAAGCCUAUGCGAGUAUGGUUGGGGUCAAAAAGAGUACUUUGUUUUGUGGUAGCAAUUGUAGCAGUAGUGUGUUCAUUCCCACCCCAACACUUAAAACAAAUCGCUUCUUUUGUGAUUCUCACCAUAUCCCAGUGACAAAUGUAGCAUCAAUGUCCAUAGAUGAGAAGAAAGUUGACUGUUUAGACAAUUGCCAAUCUGCGUCUGGUGUUCUUCCUGCCACAGAAUUGCAGCUUAAAAGAAAGUUCGAUGUUCCAGUAUUCCACACAGGAGGAGAAGGGGCGUUCAUAGUGCCUGGGGGGGGUCGAAGACCAAGAAGUGAGUUAUUUAUCAGCCAGGCACUCUUCUUACGGAAAAAUCAAUGUUAAUGCAUCUGAGAACAUGAAGAAAAAGCAUCGUGUUUCAGGAGAUUUACAAAGAACUAAGAAGAAAGUACAGUGGAAGAACCAGAAUCUGAGUCCAAAAGGCAAUGACGGAGAAGAGAGCAACGGUGGAUCGGACGGUCAAAGCUCCACUAGCUACAGCUCAGAGGAUGAUAAUGGUUCUCAGGAGACAAAUGGAGGAGCAACAUCAGAGUCUAAAGCAUCUCUAUCUCUCAACUUGAAUGGAAAGGCAAGAGCCAGUAGAGGAACAGCAACUGAUCCCCAGAGCCUCUAUGCAAGGAAAAGAAGGGAAAGAAUAAACGAGCGAUUGAAGAUACUGCAGAAUCUUGUCCCUAAUGGAACAAAGGUUGAUAUUAGCACAAUGCUUGAAGAGGCAGUCCAUUAUGUUAAAUUUCUGCAGCUCCAGAUCAAGCUUCUAAGCUCUGAUGAUCUAUGGAUGUAUGCUCCCCUUGCUUACAACGGGUUCGAUGUCUGUCUCAACCAGAGAAUUUCUCCCCUUCUAUGAUAUUGGAUGGAGUUGCUGGAUUUUCUAAUGUUAUUUUUAUUCAGACAAAUUUGUCUGCUACCUGGUAAUAAGCCACCCCUAAUGAAAUAUACAUAUAUAUUUUUUA